ACCCGCAACGGUACCCGCCGCCACCAAACUCGCGACCGCCCUUCUCACCACAUCAGGGCUACGAACGCGGUGGAUCCCCGCAGCCACCGAGCCACCCGUCAGGUGCGCCAAGCCCAGGAGCCGCGCCCGCAGCCGGGCCGCUCUCGCCCUCGCACGACACACAGCACCCGCCACAUUUGCCGCCCGCCUCGCAGCCGCACCAGGGCUACCCGCCGCCACCGAGACCCCCGCAGCCGUCCACGCCUAAUGCACAUGAUCCUGACUCUGAUCUGACAGGUCAGAACAGCAAUGACUCCGGCGGCAGCGGUAGCGGCGGCGCAGGUCGCGCGACCACGCCGCACCUGAGACCUACGCCCAGCCCCACAGGCUCCAGUGGCUCGCGCUCCAUGUCACCGGCUGUCGGAACUCAAAACGUACCGAUGCCCCCGCGGCCGUCGUCAUCGCUGUCGGACGGCGGCGGGCCGGCGGCGCGCGGUGCAGGCCCAGCGGGCGCAGCGCCCGGCGCCAUGGUGGCUCAACCCUACCAUCAUGCUUACAAGCCGGCGCACUACCCGCCGCAGCCCUACGGCUAUCCGCCGCGCAACCACCACCCCUAUCCCUACGCCGGCUACCGGCCCGCACCACCGCCGCAUCCUCCGCACCCGCCGCAACACUAUCCGCCCCUAAAGGGAGCGCGACAUAUGGGUCCCCCCGGCGAGGCGAUGCCGCCCCCGGUGGCACCAGGCGAGCACGACAACGGGCCCGCCGCACCCGCUACCGCUCUCGUCACCACCGGCCCCGACGGCGCGCCGCUCGACGAGGGCAGCCAGCAGAGCACGCUCAGCAACGCUUCCGCUGGUACUUCGUCGGGCGAGGAGCAGUGCGGGUCGAAGGGGCGCAAAGAGGUGGGCGCGGGAGGCGCGGGCAGCGCGGCGCCCUCGCCCUCGCCCGGCGGCGGCUCGCACUCUUCCAUGCACGACGACUACGACGCGCCCGCCACCUGGCGCCCGCCUUCUAGUCCCGUGUUUAACAGUCACAUACCGCCGGAGUCCUACAGAUCAAAGGUUUAUAUCAAGUCAGAUAGUUGGCAUAAGUCGGACUCGCUGGGCAAGCUGUAUGAGAUGGAUGACGCGCCGGAGCGCCGCGGUUGGGUCGAGCGGCUUCUGGCCUUCAUGGAGGAGCGGCGCACGCCCAUCGCCGCCUGCCCCACCAUAUCCAAGCAGCCGCUGGACCUCUACCGGCUCUACCUGCUGGUGCGCGACCGCGGAGGAUUCGUUGAGGUCACAAAGAACAAAACGUGGAAGGAUAUAGCCGGUCUGUUAGGCAUUGGUGCCUCGUCGUCAGCGGCCUACACGCUGCGGAAGCACUACACAAAGAACCUGCUCGCAUAUGAAUGUCACUUCGACCGCGGCGGAAUCGAUCCCCAGCCUAUUAUCAACCAAGUGGAGGCUUCGACUAAGAAGAAGGGAGGCAAAUCUAAUAAUACAGCUAGUGCUGCAGGGUCAUCGAACUCGCAAGAUUCUUUCCCGUCAGCUGGCGGUGGCGCGCCCGCGGCACCCGGCAUGGACGGCUACGGCGCUCAGUAUGCAGGCUACCCGCCACCCAGCACGCAGCCGCAGGGCGGCGGGCCGGGCGGCGACAACCUCGCCGCCUCCAACCCCUUCGACGAGCCGCCGGGGCCGCGCAGACCCCCAGGUUACCAACAAGGAUACGGGUACGAAUAUGGAUCUCCGUACCCAUCUAAUAGGCCUGUUUAUCCUCCUUAUGGUCCCGAAGGUGAUAGAGCGUAUGGCAGCGGGGAGUACCGGUACGGGGGGUACGCGGGCGGGUACCGCGCGGGCGCACCGCCCCCGGCAGGCACGCCGCCCCCCGCCCAGCCUUACCCCGACUACUACCGCGCCCAGCCCGCCCCGCAUCCGCACCCCCAGCACCCUCAACACCCCCAGCAUCCACAACACCCGCAACAUGCGCCACACCCACCACAUGCGCAGCACUCGCCGCACCCGCAGCAUCCGCAGCAUACGCCACCUAUUGAGAUGUCGGGCGGCGCGCAGCCGGCGGUCGGUAGCCUAAUGAGCUCGCAGCUCGCGCGCCAGCUGGUGGCGCCGCUGCCCAACAGCGCGCGGCCCUACUACGGUGGUGGUAAAGGUGCGAACGCCGGCGCGCCCAGUGGGGCGGGGCCCGUGAGCGGAGCGGCGGGCGCGGUCGCUGGGGGCGCGGGGCCAGCGGGUGCUCCGCGCAGGCACCCGGACUUCGCGAAAGGCGAGCCGUUCCCCGCGGGCGGAGCGCGCUUCCCCGGCCCCGGCCCAUGGGGCGGCGGCUUCGCGCGCUCGCCCGCGCCACAGCCCGCCUGGCGCGCGCCGCUGCCAGCCUCACCCGCGCAGCCGCCUGCAUGGCCGCCGCACCAGCCCUACCAGCCGCAGGUAUGA